AUGAGAACCACAGUUCCGCGCCUGACACCUGGGCGACAACUACGUGCGGGCCGAGUUCAGAGCACACGCCAACGUGGAGGACCCGCUGCAGAUCGUGGGCUUCCUCACGGCGUGGCAGGACUAUCUCCAGGCCGUCACCAAGAACACAGAAGACGACUGGCGCAAAUACAAGCUCACCUCGGACGCGCUCAGCAAGAUGAGCGACGAGCAGGUGGUCCAGCUGUACGAGCUGAUGCAGGAGGCCCGCAACGUCCACGGCGAGGACGAGUAAAUUACGUAGUGCUACGAAAAUACAGCGCAUCAGCACAGACAGAACUCCCACCCAAAGUCCUCCACCACGUCGCACCAGUCAACGUAGCAGGGCUCGCCGCGCCGCAGCAGCUCGUCCUCGAUCUCCCAACACCUCUGCACCACGAGCCAGCAGUUCUGGACGUUCUUCACCUCGAACGAGCGCACGAGCCGCUCGUACUUGGCCGUGAUGUCUGCGCGCGACGCCGCGUCGCAAUGCACCACGCCGGCGAUCAUCAGCGUGAGGCACAGAAUCGACUGCAUCCGCGUGCCGAUCACAAUAUCCAGCAGCUUGCCGGCGUGCUCGCGCAGAGCCGCGAUCUCGCGGUCGCGGAAGUCGGUCUUUUUGACCACCAUGCGCAGGUACAGCCGCAUCGUGAUCUGGUGCAGCUCGAACCACGUCAGGUGCAGCGUCAGCAGCUCGCGGUUGUCGCUGAUUUCCUCCAGCUGCUUGAACGAGGGCUUGGACUGGAGAAUCCGGGACUCCAGGUCUUCGAACGACGCCAGACAGAGGUCCUCCUUUUCCUGGCUCAGCAGGACGGCCGUCUUUGUCGCAGCCUCGUCGCCAGACAGCUCCAGCACGCGGAUCCGCAUCUCCAGAUCCUUGAGCUCCUUCCGCUUGUCAAUGAUCUCCCCGUAGAUGAGGAACAGCUCGGCCGCAGAGCCCUGGAACGGGUCGAGACCGUACUCGUCGGUCUCGAGGAUCUUGUGCCCGUGGAAUAUCUCCCUGUACGUGUUGAUGUCCUCGUGCGUGCCGGACAGCACUGUCCUGGUGGCAUUCACGUCGUGAAAAAAGUAGUUGGAGAUGAUCCAUUUUCCCUCGUUCGCGUGCCUGGUGUCCUCGAAGAACUUGCGCAGCCCGCCGUACUCCGAAAAGGCGUCGCGCAGCUGCAGAAAAAUAUGGUACCAGAACUUGAUGUCGCCAGUCGAGACCUCCGCGCCGACAAGCACGAGGAAACACGUUGCGACCGCCAUGAAGUCUUUGAGCGUCGGGCGGGCCGCGAUCUGCUGGCGGCGGGUCUGCACCAGGGCCAGAGACUUGGCAAAGUACGCGCGGGCCUCCUCGUUCUGCGAGCCGAGCAGAAACAUGCCUCCCCACGCAACAAUCCCGUUGAGCACGGCCGCGUCCUGCGCCGCGAGUCUCAGGAUGUAGCUGAAGAAGAAGUUGGACUCCUGCGAGUGGCAGAUCGUGAUUUCCUCGGUGAUAAACGAGAUGUAGUGGUCCAGAAACAAGCGGCCGGUCUCGUCCAGCGACUGUGUGAGCACGUUGGAGGGCACGGUGACAGCGGGCGAGAGCUUACUUGUGAAGAGGUGAAAAACGGUAGGCCGGAGGAAUUUCCGCGUGUCUUUCCGGUGGAGCAGCUUGACGAGCUCCGAGUCGGGCAAGUUCUGGUUCUCCACGAUCUGCGACUCGUCCAUCGGCGCAAAGUCGUCCUCGCUGGCGUCGAGCGGCUCGAUCCGCACCAGCGGGUCGCUGGAGCCCAAAACGGGAGCUGGCGCGGGCGGGGGCCGGCUUUGGGGCUUCCUUACGCUCCGUUUGGCAACCGUCUUUGUCGUCGUACUAUCUCUCCUGACACACGGGGUGUUUCUCCGUGCGCACAGGCCACACACGGGGUACGCCUCGUCGCACUUCUUUUUCUUCCUGCGACAGCUCACACACCCGUUUUUCGACCGCGAGCUCAUGCCCACGAACGAUCGGCUGCUGAUCAGAGGCAUGGAGCGGGGGCGGUUUCCCGCGCCGGAGAACACAGGGCUCGCCUGCGAAAGCGCCAAUCGCAGGCUCUUCUUGUCCACGGCAGCCAGCGUGUGGUCAAAAGUACAGAACAUGGUGCCAGCCGAUAUAGUAACAAUCUAAGUAUUAUAUGCACUGCCGAGCAGAGAGAGCGCGAACUUCCUGUUUGGGAAAUUCGAAGCCGCCCCGCUAGAAGUCGAGAGCGUCGGUCUCGACGCCGUCGAAGUAGCUCGUGA